UCUCCAAGGCGAUCAAUCGGAUCUCAGGCGGACUACAAGCACUCUCUUACGUAGCCAUCCACAAAGAGAGAGCUAGCACAACAACACUGCUGAACCGCUCAACCAAUUUACCUGGUUUCUGAACCAUGUCUUUGAGCCCAAAGCACACAACGCCUUUCUCAGUGACAGAUAUUCUGAGCCCUAUCGAGGAGACCUACAAGAAGUUUGCUGGCAUGGAUAGCACAGGGAACCUUACUUCUCCUUUGGGAACCUACCGACAGACCCAGGUUUCACAGCCUGGCAUGCAACAGCACACCAUGGGCCACAACGCCACCGUGGCUGCUACCUACCACAUGCCACACAGUGUGUCCCAGUUUUCUCAUAGUGCCAUGGGAGGAUACUGCAAUGGGAGCAUUGGCAACAUGGGGGACCUCCCCUCAUACCAAGAGACCAUGAGAAAUAGCGCCGCUGCCAGUGGAUGGUAUGGAGGAAACCCCGACCCCAGAUACUCAUCAAUUUCUAGAUUCAUGGGACCUUCUACCGGUAUGAAUAUGGCCGGAAUGGGAAGCUUAACCGGAAUGAGUGACGCGACAAAGUCAAUGGCACCUUUACACGCAGCCCCAAGGAGAAAAAGAAGGGUGCUGUUCUCUCAGGCACAGGUCUACGAGCUUGAAAGGAGAUUUAAGCAACAGAAGUACCUCUCAGCUCCCGAGAGAGAGCACCUGGCCAGCAUGAUUCACCUCACCCCAACCCAGGUCAAAAUCUGGUUUCAGAACCACAGAUAUAAGAUGAAACGGCAGGCCAAGGACAAAGCUACCCAACAACUCCAGCAAGAGAACAACUCGUGCCAGCAGCAGCAGUCUCCAAGGCGAGUGGCGGUUCCUGUGCUGGUGAAGGAUGGGAAGCCCUGCCAGAAUGGCUCCAGCACUCCAAUACCCAGUCAACAGCAGGUUCAACAGCAGCAGCAGCAAAACGGGUCUAGUGGGGUUUUAGCAGCUUCCAGCAAUGCCAUCACUCAGCACCAAAACCAGCAGGUAAACCCCUUAUCCCAGGCUCAAGACCUAGAGGAAAUGUCACCAAGCCCUCCAUCUCUACAUAACCAAAUGGCCAAUAUGGCUCAAAUAGACACAUCUGUAGAUUACACCAAUAACAUGGUCAGUUCCAACAUGCUUUAUGGCAGAACAUGGUAGGAGCGACAUUUGAUUCUCCAUUAAGGCAUAUAGGAGGCAAAUAAAAACGAAAAAGAACACGUGCAAUGGCACUGUCUGUUGAUAUUUCAAGUUUUUGAGCAUGAAAGCUUUCGGGGACCGGAAGGACUGUAUAGGCACCUGAAAGGCUCCUCGUGUUUUCUUCACAUUAGGUGUGCUAAACGGGAACAAAACAAAUGACUGGUUGCCGUGAAACUACGUGUGUUGUAUUUUUUUCUUUACUUCUCAACAUCAUGUUAAUGUUGUACAAACUGUUGAACAGGAUAGCGAAUGCUGCUCCACGUACUGGUGCCCACAUGGCUUUGGAUUGAGAAGAGAAAAAAGGCCAUGGUAUAAACCCAUUCAAAAGGGACUAAACUAUGGGACCACGCCACAGUAUUCUACCUGAUAGUUGAAGGACAUGAUUUAGGUAUUGUGAAAUAAUUUGGAUGCAUAGUAUUAACAGAAAUAGACUGUAUAUUUGGCUAACACCUCAGAAUAAUCUCAAUGUACGAUACUGUUAGAUGGGGGAACUAAUUGGAAGCAUCUCAGAACUAUUUCUUUUUUGUUUUUCAUUUUUGUAAUAAUAAUAAUAAUAAUAAUAAUAAUAAUAGUAAAACGUCGUGGCUGCUGUAUAUAUGUUUCAUAUCAAUUGAACGUUAACAAUAAAUCACUUGAAGCUCAACCUAUUUCUGAAGAAUUCAUUUUAAAAGAAUUCAGCCGGAGUGCAUUUUCAUUAUCUGAUUGCAAACGAAUUGAAAUGGAACUGAAGGUCGAAAGGGUGUAUUCAGUAUUAUCCACGCGUCGUUGUUUUAGUAAGAAACUGUGAAUAAGUACAACAUAUGAGCUACCGAAGGGGCUCUAAGCUAUAGAAUAGACCCUAUACUCUC